AUGGGUUUAUUUGGCGCAUUAGCAGGAGUUGCAUCCAGAUUUUUGCCCGCAGUGGGAACAAUAGCCAGAGGUGCAUUUGGAAUUGGAAGGAAGAUUUUGAGUACAUUAGGUAUACUUAAAGAGAAAGCACAACCUAUUAUACAAACUGUACAGAAAGGUUGGGAUGUAGCACGAGAUGCAGCAAAUCUUAUUCCAAAUCCUGAAACAAGAGGAAAAGUUCAA